ACCUUUCCUAAAUUCAUCUAGUUUUCAUUGGCUUCCCCUUUCAAAUGCGAAUUCUACAGAUUUACAGAUUUAGAUAGAUGACAAGUAUUUUUAAAGAGUCAGAUAUGAAGCUACUGUUAAGUAUUUCCCUUAUCCCUCUGCUGCUCAAUCAGUUGGUUGUCAGUGAGAACAACACAAAGGAUCAGUCACUGCAUGGAGUAUCGAGUGAAGAAUCUCCUUUAGAGAAGGCAGCCAAGCAUCAAGCAUCUGUGCGACGUCGUCGAAAGGAUUCGUUUCGCUUUGGAGUUGGCCACAUUUGCGGUGGUUGCCUUAUAUCGCCAAAUGUGGUUCUAACAGCAGCUCAUUGUUUCGUCGACCAGAGUAAAUUUGAUGGCACCUUUCUGUCCAAAUCGGAUUUCAUUGUGGUGCUGGGUACUAGGAAUCGUUUUAAGAAAACUGAAGACACAGUGAUUUUUGGCGUCAAAGAGCUAAUCAUACAGAUGUCCAAGUUCAAUCUGAGCAGCUACAGCAAGGACAUGGCCUUGAUCGUGCUAAAGGGUUCCAUUUGUCAUUUUGAUAUUAUGGUGACACCAAUUCUAUUACCAAAUGCUUCCAUGCCGUCAAAUACAAGCUGUCAGCUGACCGGUUGGGGGAGUCCGGAGAAGAUCUACCACGUCGACAUGCUGCUCAUCCUGACGGUGACACUCAUCAGCAAUCAGGAGUGCAUGCAACAGACCAAUAUAUCCCAGUCGGACAUGAAGUGUGCUGGCUUUCUGAACGAGGUGGUACCGGAUAUUUGUACCACGGACACCGGAGGACCCAUUAUAUGCUCCGGACAAUUGGCUGGCAUUGUUUCAUGGGGCAUCAAAUGUGGUGAACCUCUCGUUACUGCCGUCUACACUGAUGUGGCUUACUACAGGCAGUGGAUAGAUCAGGUUAUUUUCAGUUUUCCACCAGAUACUGGAUUUCAAUGCUUAGGCAUUCCGCAGCAAACUCAAAGGAAAAACGAGCCUAGAAGUAAUCUUAUAAAACAUUCAAACGCAGGUUUCAAUAUGCAGUUCCCUUCGUCUUUAUGGCAAAUUUUGCUUAUUACCUUGCAAGUAUUUUGAACUUGACAACCUUAUCAUAACCGUACCACAUACGGAAUCAACCAAGUUCAUAGCAAAUAAACGUAGAGUACUUUUGGGCGGAAUU